AUGUCUAGUCCCCCGACUUUGGUUGUCUCACCAGAGAACUCGAAUGUGGCAGUCCGCGGCAAACCACCUACAAAAAAUACUCAGGACAAGAACAUUCAUGAAGAGGACAGCAUCAUCAUGGAGAAUAUUAUGUCAGAAUCGCUCGAUGAUACAGCUAUGGACUUCAAACUGCUUCUUGGUGAAAUGAAGGCAAUCCGUGCUGAGAUGCGCUUGUUCCGUAAUUCUAUGACAGAUCUUAUGACUGCCAUUAAGAUGCAAAGCAGCCGCAUUGACUCCAUCGAAACCAGAAUAUCAGCCUUAGAAGACAAGUCAAAAGGCUUACAACGCUGUGAAGUUUCGACUUUGGAAGAGACAGUGUCACAGUUGAAGUCACAAAUAUUGGAACGUGACCAAGACUUACUCGCUAAUGAUAUCCAGAUAGCGGGAUUCCCUGAAACGAGUGGUGAAAAUACCACACAUAUUACCUUGGCUAUUGCCAAGAAAUUAUGUGUGGACCUGGAUGAGCGCGAUGUGGUGUCUUCAGAGCGUACAGAUUAG